AUGCGGGAGUUAGAUGCCCUUAUCUCUGAAUAUCGCCAUGAGAAGCAACGCCCACGUGAAUCGGAGGCGCUCUUCAUCCUUCGCAAAGUUGCCUCCAUGGUCAAACCCAUCAUGCGCCAACGCUCUUGGAGAGUUGGCGCCCUGUGCGAGUUCUAUCCGCAACAGAGUAACCUGCUGGGGUUGAAUGUAAACUAUGGCCAAAAAAUCUGCCUGAGAUUACGGUACUCCUCGGACCAGCGGCAGUUUCUGCCCAUUGAGCAGGUCGUGGAUACGAUGCUGCACGAGUUGUGUCAUAUUGUGCAUGGUCCCCAUAACCGGCAGUUUCACGCGCUGUGGAACCAGCUUCGAGAUGAGCAUGAGGAGCUCGUUAUGAAGGGAUACACCGGCGAGGGCUUCCUGUCCCAAGGCAAACGCCUCGGUGGAAGCAGGAUCCCGCUUGAUGAGGCUCGUCGUCAGGCUCGUGCAGCUGCCGAGCAGCGAAGAACCCUGGCCAAGAACUCCGGUAAAAGACUCGGUGGUGCUCCCGUCCUCAGGGGUACAGACAUACGCAAGCUCCGCGCAGAUGCUGCCCAGCGCCGUAUCGAGGUGACCAAUGGAUGUGCCUCCGGAACUGAGCGGGGCGCAGAGCUCGCCGAGGAGGCCUCCAGGAACGGGUUCAGGACGAAGGCGGAAGAGGAUGAUGCUAACGAGCAGGCCAUCCUGCAAGCUUUCAUCGAAUUAAUUCAGGAGGAGGAAAGAGAAAAAUAUGGAGAUUCUUACAUCCCUCCAAGUCAAGAGAAUCCUGCCGGUCCCAGGACGCGUGAAUCACCACAUCCAUCUGACUGUCAUACUUCGAAAGCGCCUCAGCUAGACCCAUCUCCAGAGCAGACACUCGAGGCGCUUGACCUCACUGCAGAUAAUAGCUCUUACGAGGCGCCGUGGACAUGUACGACAUGUACCCUCGAGAAUCCUCCCAAUUUCUUAUGCUGCGAUGUCUGUGCCGCCGAGAGGCCGGUCCCCUUGGACACACAAUCCACUGUCAUAUCACGACAACCAGGCCCAGCGAAUCGUACACGCCCAGAACCAUCACGUCCGAAGAAACGAGGGUUGCAAGUCGAUGGUGUAGAAGAGAAGGAGGAAGCUACUCCUCGGGAUAAUUUUGCGUUCAAGAACCGCAGUCGGGCCUUGGAUACACUUGCUUCCAUUGACCGUGAGGUUAGCAAACGACCACUGGGGUGGCUUUGUGAUCAAUGUGGGAGCUUCAUGGAAAUCCAGUGGUGGACAUGCUCUUGCUGCGGGAAAAUGAAGCCAUCAUCCUGA